AAUGUUUUAAAAGUCCUGAGUUUCCCCGUUUAUCACAAGUGUGGACUGUGAAAUAAGUGAAAAGAGUUUCAGCGACACGCCUGAUCGACCUUCUCCGUCUCGUUUUUAGAUAAAAUAGCGUCAUGGGAUCCAGUGAGAGUAAGCUGGUGUGUGCACCAAUAAAACCAGAACCAGAACUCAAAAACAACCGGGUCUCUGAUCUCAUAGAUCCACGCUCUCCUUCAACAGGAAUUGAUCGUACUCCCAUUCAGGUCGAUGGACUUGUUCCCAAAACCCAGUGUCCACUGGCGUUCACUGAUCCACGCUCACCUUCUAUUGGCAUUAGCCGCACCCCUGUCAGAGAGGUCAUGAGAGCAACAGUUGGGUCCUUUGCCCGCCGCCUGGGUGUGUUUUUGCACAAUGAGAGUGAAGGCAAAUUCCAUGAAGCCCCUCAGAAGUGCUUUAAUAAUGCCGUGGAGGAGGUGGUCUUGGAGGAGAGUGACGAGCUGGCUUCCACCGAACCCCUCCUGCCUCUGCAGCCCUCCUGCGACCUCGCCUCCCUGGCUGAGCAUGCUAACCUCCUGGCCACCCCUCAGCAGCCCCCUAUCAAAAAUGUGGGUGACUCGAGCCCCUUCGUGCUUCUUGAGAAACCCCAGUCUGAGGUGGAAUUAGAAACUGAGGCAGACAUUAGCCUGGAGGAGGCCGAAGAAGCAAGAGAGACUCCUCUUCACAAGAGGCUGAGCAUGAGCCUGAUAACCUACCAUGAGGGGGCAACCUCCUCCCAGAUCUUUGCUGAGGUGCACUGUGACAGCACUUCAUCCCCAGCGCCUACUGCAGAAGUGGAGCCCCUCGGGGAUGGCGUGGAUCAUUCGUAUGCCCUUCCUUCUAUCACUGUUGAUCCAGGGACCCCCGUUGAGCUUUCCCUCCCCACUGAUUCAGACGGUUCCCCAGCUCAGGUGUCCCCUGCCAAGUCAGAGAAAGCAGAGCCAUCUCCUGAAGAAACCAAAGAGGUUCUUGAAGAAUGUUCAUUGCCUUCUACCCCAGAGCCACCAAAUGUCCCCAGCCCAGAGCAGCCAAAGCCCAGCACCGGCAUCCGCUGCCCCACCUUUGACUCAAAGAGCCCCAGUCAGGUGGUGUUCAAGCCGCAGUGGUUGGGAAAAGGAUUUGGCGCCACCGGGCUAAGAGCUAGAGGAGUGCAGGGUGGAAAAGGAGGCUCCUCUCCUCUUGCCGUCCGCAUGGCCGUGAAGAAAGUAACCAAUGAGAACAAGCGACAGUCUGGAAAACUAAAGCAGAAAGGUACUGAAGGUCGCUCCCCAUUGCAGAUCCUUAAGGGGACCAACUCACCCCGGGACCAACGUUCUCCGAUGAAGCUGAAGGUGUCCACCCCAGAUAAGCAGAGACUCGGACAGAUUGACCGCAGAGUGCUGGCAAUUUCUUCGGAUAAGGAGAACAGAUGAUUCACUGCGGCAACGUGUACAGAAUCCUUACCACUUUAUAUCUCUUAAAACAAGCUUUUAUGUGUACAGCUUUAAGUGAUUUUUUUUUUGUCCUGUGUAUGUUACUUUUAUUACUGCAGUUUUCUAUCCUGUUUUAUCAUCUUGUAAAUAUUAAUAAAAUUAUUCGCUUUCAUACUUCAGCUUUAAAUCUUUGUAUUUGUUGAAAUCUAGUUUUGCAAUUUAUCAUUUGCUUUCCUUGUGUAUUCAGAAACCUCUUUUAUAACUUUUCUUUCUUAACCAAAUUGUUAAAUUCCUAUUCUUUAUUUUUGCCCAAACAGAAUAAAAGCUU